AUGGUUGAGAAGAUGUCCUUCCCAUCCAGAGGCCAACUGAGUAUCUUAAGUAGGUAUUCAACCAAAGGCAAGAGAGGGGACUUGCCAUUAGGAGAGACCACACAGAAAAAUCAGUCAGGUUUUCCAGCAGCCUACCAGCUCUUACAUUACUUGAAAAAAGUAAAAUACACCAGUAAAUUGGGAGAAGAGGUCUAUUUUGAUGACAAUGGCGACACUGUUGCAACAUACAAUGUUGUCAACUGGCAGAAGAAUGAAAACGGCUCGGUCAAAUUUGUGCACAUGGGACGUUUUGAUGCAACUUCAAAUUCAGGCCAAGACCUUGUCCUAAAUGAAAAGAUGAUCAUCUGGACUGGUGGGAAAGUUAAAAAGAUUGGCCCAACCUACACAGCUAGCACAGUGUCUGUUGCAGGAGUCCUUUGGUAUUACAGGAAAACUCCCACCGUUCGAGGCCACAACUCUGAACUCAGUUUCCUUCUUCUCUUCUCAUUGAUAUUAUGUUUCCUGUGCUCGCUGAUUGUUAUUGGCCAACCAUCAGUCAGGUCCUGCAAGCUGAGGCACACCCUGUUUGGGGUCAAUUUUGUUCUCUGCAUUUCAUGUGUACUGGCCAAAACCCUGGUUGUACUGUUGGCUUUUAGAGCUACUGUUCCCAACAAUAACAUGCUGAAAUGGUUUGGAACUCUGCAGCAACUGCUCAGCAUCCUGGCCUGCACAGUUGUCCAAGUUGUAAUCUGUGUUGCGUGGCUCCGCAUGUCUUCACCAUUUCCAGUAAAGCAGACCAAAUAUUACAACGAGAAGAUUAUUUUUGAGUGUGAUUUAGGCUCAGUGACGGCAUUUUGCUGUAUGCUGGUUUACAUCAGAUUUUUAUCCUACAUGAGCUUCGUCCUUCUGUUCUUAGCUCGAAAGCUGCCAGAUAACUUCAACGAGACUAAAUUCAUCACCUUUAGCAUGCUGAUUUUCUGUGCAGUUUGGUUGACUUUUAUCCCAGCCUAUAUCAGUUCUCCUGGAAAAUACUCUGUCACUGUUGAAACCUUUGCUAUUUUGGCAUCGAGCUUUGGUCUGCUUAUCUGCAUUUUUGCUCCAAAAUGUUACAUAAUCCUGUUAAAACCAGAAAGAAACAGAAAGAAAUAUCUUAUGGGAAAAACAUGUUACAUAAUCCUGUUAAAACCAGAAAGAAACAGAAAGAAAUAUCUUAUGGGAAAAACAUGUUCCAAAAAAUCAACUUAA